UCUACUGUCCCUCCCUCUCUUCAUCCCGUAUAGUUGCUCUUCCUUCAUGCAAUUCAAUCGAAUUGUGUUCCAUUCUGUGCACUGUCGUUUCUCUAUGCUUGGUCGUUUCAUCUCGUUUUCACGACCAACCUGAUACCCUUGAUCCCUUUGAUCCCUUUGGUCCGGAUGCUCUCAAGCAAUCAUGGCUUCCAUUCCCCUAAUCUGCUCCAUCUGUCCCAAGAGGCCUCGCUUCAGUGAUGUCUCUCAUUUGCUCACUCAUAUUGCUAGCAAGGGCCACUUGUCCCAUCACUACAAGGUCAAGGUCCGAGCUUCCACUGAGGAAGACUCCCGUCGUCUGCUUGAAGCUUAUGACCAUUGGUAUGAAAAAUGGAGAGUCCAAGACUUGAUGUCGGAACGAAUGAGUUUGAAGGACAAGCGACGAGCUCGAGCAGCGAGGAAUCAGACUCCGCUUUCUCGAUCCCAAAGUGUUGCGAGACGCUCACAAGCCAGUCGAGACACUCCGACCAGUCAAGCCAACUCCGUCGAUCCUCGCCUCGGGGAUGAGCAACUCAAGGUUGAGAGCCCAGCACCUCAUCCAUACUACCUGCACUACCCAACGAACGGAAUUCCAAUGCACAACGGCCCCCAGAGCCUUGCACCUUACACGGGGCAGCCUCAGCAGAUGAGUGCCCUCCCAAUUCGUCGACGAACAGACAACAAUGAUGACGCAGACUCCGACCUGAGCUACGUGCCGAGGUCUCGAGAGAGCAUGAUACAUGUCGGUACCACCACUGAGCGAGACGGUUUCGAAGUCUCGGAGGCUACAAGACUCAAAGGUGUAUAUUGGCCUGGCAUGGACUUGUUCGAUUCUGCCACUCCGGAGAUGAAGAGAAAGAGGAAUCAGAAGAAGGAUACCUCGGUCAUCAAGCAGUUGGAGGCCAACUCUCUAGAGGUUGAAGCCAAUGAGCUGGUGUUCACACCGGAGGGGACACUCAAGAAGACCCGCAACAUCUCGGGCGAUCCGUCCGAUGACAGCGAUGAUGAGUGGGGGAGCGAUGGCUCGGCAAGCCCAGAGCCCACUCACAAGGCACCCACCUCUCGACAGCCACUUGCCGCUCUCCCGUUCGGUGUUGGACGUCAGAACGAUGCUCGCAACGAUGUCUUCACUGACACUCCUGCUGCUCACUCAACAUUCACUGAUGAUCGGGCUGAAUGGGACCUUGCCUAUGGGGCCAACCGCAAACGCAAGCGGGGCUUCGAGAUCUUCCACGACCGUGACAUGUCUUUCGGAAACCCUGCUGGCAUGAACGUCCUCAACUCCGAUUUCCAUGCCACACAGGCUGAGGAAUCCGUACCGAAUGGAACCGUCUCAGCUGUUCAUCGUCCAGGCCAGAAGUCUACAACUCAGAACAAUUACUUCUUCGAGAAUUUUCAUGACGAUCUUCCAUCGGUUAAUCAGGAAAAUCGGCCUCGUCAUACAGAGUCGAGAUCCAUCAACGGCAUGCAACAACUGCAGGAUGCCGGUACUCCCAACUACAAGUUCGCGGUCCAAGAUUUGGCCAAGCUCGGUGCCCGCAAUGGCAAUGCACAUGGCAAUACCAAUGGUCAUGGGUUUGUCCAAGCUCGACAGGACGUGAUGUACCAGUUCGUCCCUAGCAACAACGACUUCCAACCCUUCGAACCCUUCGGCCAUCAGAACUGGUUGAACCAAAACACAUACUACAAUUCCACGCAGACCUUUGACGGCGAUUUCGAUGAUGCACGCACCAUCAGCGCUCCCCCUAGUGAGCACAAGGCUGACGACUAGAUUAUGACACAUCUACAUGCGCUCUUUCAUACCUUCACCUUCUUCUUUCUCAGUCUUUCUUGAAUACAUGUCACGUUCAAUCCUUCCCGGCUAGCAAACUCUUCUUCUAGCCCGAGGAGAAUAUACCGAUACGUGGAACACUACCAAGCCUACAUCCCAAUUUCGCUAGACGAGACAUUCAGUCCCCUUCCUCCGUUGACAGCGCGGUCUUCUUCACGUACGAUGACAUUGCUCCGACACGCAUACUAAUUAGCGACGAUAUCCAUUUCGCGACGACACGGUCCUACCAUUUCCUGGCCAUGUUCUUCGUUGCUUUCCUCUGUUCCCCAUGAGUUCCUUUUCCUUAUAUAUUAGUGUCACCUCCGGUGGCAGUUCUUUUUCCCUUUUCCCUUUACUCCUUUCCUUUCGCACCGCAUGAUGAACCCAGGUUCAUCUUUUCCGCUGUCCGAGUACUCGUUUUCUCUGUGAAUAUGGGUU